GUUUCUCCCCCGUCCCAGGCAAAGAUCUUUGGUCCCGGGAGCCGCCAUCUUGGAGCGGGGAAGCGCCUGUUCGUCAGUCGGAGCGGAGUCACUCGAGGGAUGAUGUGGUUUCACGCCCGAAGGGCGGUUUAAUUUACGUCCCUGGCCUCCGCUCAGUGACUGCGACCUGGCUGGGCGGGGCUGGCGGGGAGAUAGAGCAAUGCUGGCUGCCCCGCACUGACCCCCGCCGCCCCCACAGCCUCCGGUGGCCCCGGCACCCGACCUGAUGCGGCGGUGAGGACAGGCCUGAGCCCGCCUGGAGACAAGGGCGGCAUCAACAUCGGCAGCCAAGGAUUUGGAUGUUCCAAUAGACCAUAUCCUUGCGGCCGCAGGAUGGGCAAGUGAACGGAUGUUUUACAAGUAUUACCAUAAGGAGAUUGCAGAACCUGAGCUUCAGUCAUGGGUUGCAUAAAGAGCAAAGAGGACAAAGAGCCAGCUAUGAAGUAUAAACCAGGUGACACUACUGGAACCAUUGCUGCAAAUAUUACUCAGUAUGGUCCUGAUCCCACCCAACUGACACAAUCACCAGCAUCAAAGGGACAAUCUGGUAACUUCAACAAACAUUCCAUUACACCUUUUGGUGGGUCAGCUGGUAUGGCACCAUUUGGAGGCGCUUCAUCGUCAUUUAGUAUUGUUCCGACCCAGUUUGCAAGUGGUGUUACAGGUGGCGUAACUAUUUUUGUGGCCUUGUAUGAUUAUGAAGCAAGAACAACUGAAGAUCUAUCUUUCAAAAAGGGUGAAAGAUUUCAGAUCAUAAACAAUACGGAAGGUGACUGGUGGGAAGCUCGUUCUAUCACUACGGGAAAGAAAGGUUACAUUCCUAGCAAUUAUGUGGCUCCAGCUGAUUCCAUCCAAGCAGAAGAAUGGUAUUUUGGAAAAAUGGGCCGUAAGGAUGCCGAACGAUUGCUGUUACAUACAGGAAAUCCACGCGGCACGUUCUUGGUUCGAGAGAGUGAAACCACGAAAGGUGCAUAUUCCCUUUCAAUAAGAGAUUGGGAUGAAGCAAAAGCUGACAAUGUCAAACACUACAAAAUCAGAAAGCUGGACUGUGGUGGUUAUUAUAUUACAACACGAGCACAGUUCGAGUCGCUACAGAAGCUGGUGAAACACUAUACAGAUCAUGCAGAUGGCUUAUGCCAUAGAUUAACUACUGUGUGUCCUACUGUGAAACCACAAACCCAGGGACUAGCUAAAGAUGCGUGGGAGAUUCCUCGAGAUUCCUUGCGUCUGGAAAUUAAACUUGGACAAGGUUGUUUUGGUGAAGUGUGGAUGGGAACUUGGAAUGGCACAACUAAAGUGGCAAUUAAAACACUAAAACCUGGUACCAUGUCUCCAGAAGCUUUUUUGCAAGAAGCCCAAAUUAUGAAGAGAUUGAGACAUGAUAAACUUGUACCACUGUAUGCUGUUGUUUCAGAAGAGCCAAUUUACAUUGUAACAGAAUACAUGGCAAAAGGAAGUUUACUGGAUUUUGUAAAGGAAGGUGAUGGGAAAUCAUUGAAACUUCCUCAACUUGUUGAUAUGGCUGCACAAAUUGCUGAUGGCAUGGCGUAUAUUGAACGAAUGAACUACAUCCACAGAGACCUAAGAGCAGCCAAUAUCCUUGUGGGUGACAAUCUUGUGUGUAAGAUAGCAGACUUUGGCUUAGCACGGUUGAUUGAAGACAAUGAGUAUACAGCAAGACAAGGAGCUAAAUUUCCUAUCAAAUGGACGGCCCCUGAGGCUGCUUUAUAUGGACGGUUUACAAUUAAAUCAGAUGUGUGGUCUUUUGGAAUUCUACUGAUAGAGCUGGUUACCAAGGGAAGAGUGCCAUAUCCAGGUAUGGUGAACAGGGAGGUUUUGGAGCAGGUAGACCGGGGCUAUAGAAUGCCUUGCCCUCAGGGAUGCCCAGAUUCUCUGCACGAGCUCAUGAAACAGUGUUGGAAGAAGGAUCCCGACGAAAGACCAACAUUCGAAUACAUACAAUCCUUCCUAGAAGACUACUUUACUGCUACAGAGCCCCAGUAUCAACCUGGAGAUAACCUAUAAGCCAAGUCAACUGCAGUCGGCUGUUGGUCUGCCAUGAUUCUAGGUGUCUUGCAUCUCGACACCAAACCAACACUAAGAGACCAUUUGGAAUGCCACUAUGCGGUUGCACAGAACCACUUUCUUUUUCUUGAACAUGUAUCAUUUGUCAUUGCACUUCAGGGUACUAAGGAACAUUUUUAUGAACACUAAUUGUUUUUAGGUUAAAUAUGGUGUAGGAUCAACAGCCCUUGUUUUUUAAAUGUGAAGAGAUACAAUCAUGUAAAACACUAAUCUAAAUAUUAACUAGAAUCCACUAUUUUUGAUGAGGAGUAAGUCUUUAACUUUUUAGACAAUUGAUACAGCAGUUUGAUGGACCUCCAGCGACGAAAUGAGUCCAGGUCUUUUUAAAUGUUGAGUGAGUGCAAGCGUUAAUCUAGUUUGGCAGACCUCAGUAAUCAGAUGACUGUGAGCGAGAGUAUUGCACUGUGUUCAAUACUUCUACUGAUGUAACUGGAAAUGCAGCAUGAGAUUUUAAAUUUUAUAUAUAGUUUGAGUUUAAUUCAGAAAUACAGGAAAAUAAUGAAAAUGUUUUGUAACUGUUUAUGAACUAAACUACAAUCUUUUAAACUUGAAAAUCAUGUAAUAUUAGCUUCUUGGAAAUAGGUAUAGGGUGCUUUUUGAUUUUUUUUUUGGGAAAGAUUAAUUUCAGUAAAACAAAUUUCCAUUAGUAAAGGGCUUGGUAUUUAAGGAUGUAGCUUAUUUCUGCUCAACGAAAUAAGAAAUCUUAAGCAAAGUAUCUAACGUGUGGAUUCAGGCAUAUCAGGCAAUAAUGAACGCAGUGUUAUUGCUACAAUAGUGUUACAGUGACCAAGGUAGAAAUGUCUAUCAUAUCUGAACAGCAACACUAAGUUCAUCAUGGAUAAAUAAAAUUAAAUGCUGGAUCUACUCAGCAGUUCAUUAAGUUUAUUAUGCACUGUGGGAGUAACGCUGACAUUUAGUCAUGACAUUAUCAGCACUGAGGCACAAUUCCAUGAAGGUGAGCAACAGCAUUUUCAUAUAAUUUUAACUUCGAAAUGUUUACAGGUCUUUUUGUGGAAAUUUUUUACAGAGCAUACAGUGCCCUCCAUAAUGUUUAGGCCAAAGACCCAUCAUUUAUUUAUUUGCCUCUGUUCUCCACAAUUGUAAUUUGUAAUAGGUUAAAGUACACAUUGUCAGAUUUUAAUAAAGGCCGUUUUUAUAUAUUUUGCGUUCACCGUGUAGAAAUUACAGCAGUGUUUAUACAUAGUCCCCCCAUUUCAGGGCACCAUAAUGUUUGGGACACAACAAUGUCAUGUAAAUGAAAGUAGUCAUGUUUAGUAUUUUGUUGCAAAUCAUUUGCAUGCAAUGACUGCUUGAUGUCUGCGAUUCAGGGACAUCACCAGUUGCUGGGUGUCAUCUCUGGUGAUGCUCUGCCAGGCCUGUAUUGCAUCCAUCUUUAGCUUAUGCUUGUUUAGGGGGCUAGUUCCCUUCAGUUUUCUCUUCAGCAUAUAAAAGGCAUGCUCAAUUGGGUUCACUUGGGAUUGACUUGGCCACUGAAGAAUUGGCCAUUUUUUAGCUUUGAAAAACAUUGUUGUUUUAGCAGUAUGUUUGGGAUAAUUGUCUUGCUGAACCGCCGGCCAAUGAGUUUUGAGGCAUUUGUUUGAACUUGAGCAGAUAGGAUGUGUCUACACUUUAGAAUUCAUUAUGCUAUUACUAUCAGCAGUUGUAUCAUCAAUGAAGGUAAGUGAGCCAGUACCUUCAGCAUGCCCAGGCCAUAACACCCCCACCACCGUGUUUCAUAGAUUAGCUGGUAUGCUUUGGAUCUUGGGCAGUUCCUCCUCUCCUCCAUACAUUGCUCUUGCCAUCACUCUGAUAGAAGUUAAUCUUUGUCUCAUCUGACCACAAGACCUUUUUCCAGACCUGUGGUUGCUCUUUUAAGUACUUCUUGGCAAACUGUAACCUGGCCAUCCUAUUUUUGCAGCUAACCAGUGGUUUGCAUCUUGCAGUGUAGCCUCUGUAUUUCUGUUCAUGAAGUCUCUGGACAGUGGUCAUUGACAAAUCCACACCUGACUUCUAAAAGUGUUUCUGGUCUGUUGGACAGGUGUUUGGGGAUUUUUCUUUAUUAUAGAGAGAAUUAUAAACAGCUGUAAUUUCUACAUGCUGAAACAAAUGAAUAAAAAUACCCUUUAAUAAAAUCUGAUAAUGUGCACUUUAACCACAUGUGAUUGUUUCUAUUACAAAUCUCAAAUUGUGGAGUGCAGAGGCAAAUAAAUAAAUCAUGGAUCUUUGUCCCAAACAUUAUGGAGGGCAUUGUAUCUUCUUAAUCAGUGCCAUCACUUGUACAUUUUUUCCUUCAAUAUAUUUUGUGAUAGUUUUAAAUCUGUAUGAAAUCAUAGAAUCUUUUUUUUUUUUUCUCUCUUCGUAAUAUUUUUGAAAAUAACCAAGCCUAUGUGUUUGUUUUCUGUAUUAAUUCCAGAUCUCCUUUGCCAGAAAACUUUCUGGUGAUUAUUUUCAUUAAUGGACUGAAUCAUUCCUGUAACAACAUUUGUACAGUAAAUAAACACUAAUUUCUGUUACUACUUUAUCAAGAAAAAA